CCAAUCCAAAACGUCUCUUAUCUAAGGAGAGGAAUUCUCCGGCACUUCAAAUUUGAGGAGAGUAGCAUUAAAAUUCCUCCGCUCAUUUCUUCGAUUUUCCUGCUUCCUGAACAAAUAUGGCGGGAACUUCAACCAUCAGUCUCUCUUCUGCUUAUUCCAUCUUACCAACUUCACCAUUAUCAUCAGCAACAACCUCAUCGUUGUCCAUCUCAUCUAAACUCUCCAUUCUCUCAAUGUCCAUUUUCCCCAAAACGCAUUUGCGCCCCACUUUUCCCAGGAUUUGCGCGUUGUCUAGCAACGAUAUCAAAGUGGGUACCAACAUCGAAGUAGAUGGUGCUCCUUGGCGGGUUUUAGAAUUUCUUCAUGUGAAACCUGGAAAGGGAGCAGCAUUUGUCAGGACCAAAAUCCGGAAUUAUGUAACAGGAAACACUGUUGAGAAAACUUUUCGUGCUGGAAGUGCGCUUGAGGAGGCAGAUGUAUUUAAGGAGACAAAGCAGUUCACAUACAAAGAUGGUGCUCAAUUUGUCUUCAUGGACCUGAAUACAUAUGAAGAAUUUCGGCUCAAUGAAUCGGAUGUUGGAGAUAAGACAAAGUGGCUGAAAGAGGGAAUGGACUGUAAUUUGCUAUUUUGGAGGGGGAAAGUUAUUGAUUUUGAACUUCCAAUCACAGUAAAGCUGACUGUAGUUGGCGCUGAUCCUGGCCUCAAAGGUGACACUGCUCAAGGUGGAUCAAAACCAGUUACUCUGGACACAGGUGCUGUAGUUAAUGUUCCAUUAUUCAUUAAUGCUGGUGAUGAAAUCUUGGUAGACACAAGAACUGGCCAAUAUAUGAGCCGGGCGUAGGAUUUAGUUAGUUUGUUUUUUGGGUCAAUUACAUUAUUGGAGUAGAGUUGUAAACUAUAUUUAAUAGGAAAAUCAGUUGAGCAUAUGUAUUCAUCCGAAAAUUUUCAUAGUGGCAUAUGGAUCUUCUUAUGGUGGGAAGAAAUGCUAUUUUGCAUUUCAGGCACAGCAAAAAAGAAUUCUAUAUGGAAAUGGAAAAUUUAAUAUCGGAUCUACUGUAA